AUGGAUACCGGCAUUAUCGGCCCAGUGACUGAUAUGAAAGAUUUCAAGGCGUCAUUUGGGGGUAGCCAAAAUGCGACCAUUCAUGGCCUCAUCGUUUCGUCGAUUCUGAUUCCAGCGGCACUUUCCUCGUUUUUCGCAGGGCAUCUUGCAGAUAUACUUGGGCGACCGAAGGGAAUCAGCAUCGGUGUUUUCAUCUUCGGUAUUGGGGCUGCGAUCGAAUCAGGGGCAGUCAGCUUGGGAAUGUUUAUCGCCGGUAGAGUGAUUGAAGGAUUGGGAGAAGGUCUCUUCUUGGGAAACCUGGUUGUCUUCAUUUGUGAAAUCUCGCCUACCAGAACCAGAGGCCCUUUGACAACCGGACCGCAGCUAUUGAUUACGCUCGGCUUAGUCGUUGGCUUCUUCACUUGCUACGGAUCUUCCAAUGUCCAGUCGUCGCUGUCAUGGCGGGCGCCAUUCUUUCUUCUGUCCUCGCUUUCAAUGAUACUUUCUGUCGUAUCCUUCUUCUUCUUACCGGAGUCGCCUCGGUGGCUGACACUGCAUGGGCGUCAUAAAGAGGCCGCCGAGACUUGGGACAAACUGGAAGUGAGCCAGGCAGAGCGUGAGAAGGUUGAGCUACAGUCGGACACGCCUGAAGUGGUACCUCCUGCCGAUACGGUCAAAGACAGCACCCUGCAUAAACUCCUCGAUAUCUUCUCUAAAGAUGUGCGUACACGCACUGCGCUGGCUGUCUUCUUGAUGGGCAUGCAGCAGCUCAGCGGGAUUGACGGUGUGCUAUACUACGCCCCGCUAUUGUUCCAACAGGCUGGGCUCGCCUCCUCGGAAGCAAGUUUUCUCGCGUCCGGUGUCUCAGCGCUCGUGAUUUUUGCGGCGACCAUUCCUGGGCUGAUCUAUGCAGAUGGGUGGGGGCGCAGACACAGCAUCAUCUAUGGAGGUGUGGGCCUUGGAACAGUGAUGUUCCUUAUUGGGGGACUUUACGCCGGCAACGCCGUGCAUGGCUCUUUUGGUGCUGGUCGCUGGGUUGUGAUCGUCUGCAUUUACAUUUUUGCCAUCAUCUACUCUAUGACAUGGGCAGUGGCAGUCAAGGUCUACAGUGCUGAGAUCCAGCCUCAACGGACUCGUGCUUCGGCCACUACCUUGGCGCAUUCCAGCAACUGGCUUUUCAACUUCUUGGUUGCGUUAACGACACCCAUCCUGUUGGCCAAGAGCAACUUUGGUGCAUACUUCCUGUUUGGCAGCUGCUCCGUCUUGACUUCCUUUGUGGGUGCAAUUUUCAUGCACGAAACGAAAGGCCGAUCGCUGGGCGAAAUUGAAGAAGCCUUCAAACACAAGAUACCUGGCGGCGAAAAUCUUUUCAGCGGUUUACGACGACCGACUGUGAAAUCGACCGUUUGA